AUGUGGGGUCUAGCGGUGGUGGUAGGCUUAUGCUGCGUUCUGCGGGCCGACGGCGGUGGUCCAAGGAUUGUAUCGACUCGGUUUGGUAAAAUCCAAGGAGUUGUCCGGGCAGUGGGGUCCGGGAGGCACCUCAAGCCGAUCGAGGUCUACCUGGGGGUGCCCUACGCAAUGCCCCCGACCGGAGCCAAUCGCUUCAGCCCCACGAGGACUUCCCCGCCAUGGGACGGCGUCCGAAACGCCGACAAGCACGGUCCGGUUUGCCCGCAAAAGCUGCCCGACAUCCGCAACGAGACCGCCGCCCUCGAGAGGAUGCCCAGGGGGCGCCUCGACUACCUCAAGAGGCUCCUGCCCUACCUCCAGAACCAGAGCGAAGACUGCCUCUACUUAAAUAUCUACACUCCAAUACAAGGAUGGUUCUCUACGAAAGAAAUUAUGGCACAUGAAGAGUUGGAUGACUUCGGCUCCAAGUGGCAGCGGAUGCCAGCCAGGUCCAUCUUGAGAAGGCGCAAUUUGAGAGCACUUGUAACCAAUAGAGAAGACUGGAGGAGCAAGCUGCAGUAG